AUGAAAGGUCUGGUUCAGGCCAUAGACUGCCUGCUUACGUACGGCAUCGCCUCCAACUCGCGCCCCUGGGCGGACGCUCUUCCUGGUCUGCGGCACCUUGAUAUCGCAACCGGUAUUGUCUUUUACAUCCUGAUGCCGUACGGGCCGAACGACCCGUUGCUUUUGAACGAGCGCGAAAAGGUGCUCAGGGCUCGGAUGUUUAGAGACAGGGAGGGCGGCGACAAGGCAUCGUUUUCGGUGGGGCAGCUGAAGGAGGCCCUGCAGGUUCUCAAGGUGUGGCGUGUGUUUUGGUUCGGGGUGCUAACUACUAUGCAAGCACCGGUACUUACCUUUGCCUCUCUAGUCAUCGAAUAUGUUGGUUACAAUGAUACCAAACGAUACACAUGGCUCCUUUGGGUGCCAUGCAAGUCGCGCUUCUCUGGGGUUGGCGUCUUGGUCUGCUGGCUCAUACCACAAAAGUAA